CGUUUGUUUUUUUAAGAAUUGAUGAUCUAUUACAGCAACAUGAGAUUUUUUAUUUAUGAUAGUGCGUUUUAAGAGAAGGUGAACUAUCAACUUAAAACAGUAAGCUUUUUGUUUUGCAUGUGCUGCGGAACCUCCGUCCAUGUUAACUUUAGUAUCACUACGACAGAUUUCGCUGACGGACUGUACACAAACCAACGAACUAAUGCUGAUUGGAAAGGCCUGCAGAUUUGUUGAAUGUAUCAGCUCUGUGGGUGUUGUUGGAUCCUUUGCCUGUCUUCAUACAAAGUCCAGAAACAUGGCCAAGAGCAAGUUUGAGUAUGUCCGCAACUUUGAAACAGAUGACACCUGUCUGAGAAACUGCUACAUUGUUGUGAGACUCGAUGGGCGCAAUUUCCACAAGUUUGCAGAGCAGCACACGUUUACAAAGCCCAAUGACAACAGAGCCCUGGGUCUGAACAGGAGUGCACACUCUGUCAUGGAGGAACUCGAGGAUAUCGUCAUCGCUUAUGGUCAGAGUGACGAGUUCAGCUUUGUCUUCAAGAGGACCUCCACAUGGUUUAAGAGGAGAGCCAGUAAGCUCAUGACCCACGUGGCCUCCCAGUUCUCCUCCUCCUAUGUGUUUUAUUGGAAGGACUAUUUUGGGGAACAGCCUCUCUUGUACCCUCCAGGCUUUGAUGGACGUGUGGUCUUGUAUCCUAGCAACCGCAACCUCAGGGAUUACCUUAGCUGGAGGCAAGCAGAUUGUCACGUUAAUAAUUUGUACAACACAGUGUUUUGGACGUUAGUCCAGAAGGGAGGACUCACCACAGUCCAGGCAGAAGAGCGCUUAAAGGGUACACUAGCUGCAGACAAAAAUGAGAUCCUGUUCACUGAGUUUGACAUUAACUACAACAAAGAAGCUGCCCUGCACAGGAAAGGCACCACGCUCAUCUGGGAGAAGCGAGAUGAAACUAUCGUCAAACGCUUGAAGCUACCAAAUGAAGAGGAGAAGGAAGUGCCUGUGACUCGCAGCAGGCGGAAGGUUCAGUCCUACCACACUGAUAUCAUCGGAGAUCAGUUCUGGGAGGAACACAGCGACAUCCUGGAGGCCGACAACUGCUAACAACUUCUGCACUGUGGGAGGAAAUACUGAACAUUGAACAAAUUCACUGACUGUCAAACUUCAUGCCUAUGAAUGUUGGAGUCCUUUAAGCUUUGAUGACUGACUUUGAGGUUUAACUCUCCUGCAGCUGGAACAAAUGCUGACUUUCAUGUUUAAACUCCCAUCACGCUCUUCAAGCAGAAGCUUUUCUGCUGACAUUGCGUGAAGGCAUCUGUCAUGUUCAAAGUGAAGCAGAUAUGAAGAUUUUUAUUAUCUUUAUGGAAUGAAUGUUGUGCACAUGCACAGCAGUUUUAUACUGAACAAAGUCAAACUCAGACGUCUGUAAACUCCUCACACAGCUAGUGCAUACAACUCUCCUACAGUUAAUUUUCCAAAAACUAUAUCCUCAUAUAAAAUCCUGAGUCACGUAGAGUACUACAAGCCUUUAAACUGUCAGCAUGUUGAUCUUGAUCAUUUUUGGCUCCAUUUUUUUGUAUUUUUACAUCUAUGUGACUCUUCUUUAAACGAGCUGAGUUUCUAAAUGUUGGAUUUUUAGAGAUUCAGGAUGCCUUUCUGAAACUUGUAGUAAAAAGGGUGUGUCACUCUGAGGUAAAAAUAAGCAGAGUAAAGCAGAAACCAAUACCUUGGCAGGACGAGUAGUACCCUAUCUUACAGACAGUAAACCAUUUAGAGAUGUGAAUGGAUUCAGUGGCCGGCACUGUCAUCAGUGCUAAGAAUACCUCACACACCCUGCAUACACUCUAUCCUCCUGACAUGUGCUCUGUGGAAUAUUUAUCCUCACACUUAUAAAUGACCCGCUCAGUAUGAAUGGCUGCUGGAGGAUUCAAGUGGCAGAAGCUUACUGUAUUUAGUUACUGUAGUAGGCUCGGUUACUGUCGGGUAUUAGAGCCUUAUUUUUGGUUUAGUGACUUUGUUAGAAGCCUGUUGCUUGUGUACUGUACUUUAUGUAACCAGGAUUCACCUCAUCUGUUUGCAUUAGGGAUCAAAUGAUUUUACCUGUUAUAAGAAGUCGUCUUUAUUACAAAACAAGCCCUCCUGGUUGUUGAAGUUCUUUGACAUUGACUUACUUGGGCCCAUGCCAGACUGGACACAUACGGUGACUCGACAUGUGGCCCUGUAGUAUUAAAAACUUUGAGUGUG